AUGUAUUGGGAUCGUGGAUAGAAGAUUCAAGUGAUAUGGUUGGGACUCGGUCGGGAAAGAGGACGUCAAAAGGUACACGCGCCAUGGAUGAUGGAAGGCAGGUCGUGUGCAUCUCCUGAAGACUGUUCUUCUGCCAAUAGUACAGUUUACGAUUUGCCGCUAGACUCUUCAGACGAUAGCAACUGCAGAGAUCCGACGGAACUGCGAAGGACAGAGCAGCAUAUCCGCAGAGACAAAGACCUGCAGCAGUCCUCAUCUUCACCACUUAAGGUUCAACGUUUACGGCGUAAAACUCAAUCAUUCACUUUUUCUACGGCGUGCUCUUCAAAAACAUCGGACAGGAGGCGAUCGAAACGAUUCCGGACAGAAUCUGACGGCGCUCUCAAUCUACGGGAGGCCCUUAGGUUGCCGAUAGCUACAGCAUCGAAUGUAGCGAAUCAGGAGAUGGCUGAUGCGCCCUCUGAAAAUCUCAUUGCAUCUCCAGAUAGGCUCCAACCAAGUCACAGCAGUGGAGUGAACAUGUCCCCCACCCAUGCAGAUAGUUUGAACGAUGUUCUAUUGAGCUCAGCACCUGCGAAGACUACUGAAGCAUCACGAAUAACAAAAAGAUUAGGUGAAGAAGACGCUGAAAGCAAUCUUGCACUUGAAUGUUCGUCACGUGGUAAUUCCCCUCAGGUUCCCGAGACGGAUUCGAGAAAUUCACAGCGGACGCCAUCCAAGACCAGCAAAGAUCCUGCUUCUGACAGUGCAGCAGCAUCCAAUGACCCACCUGCUUCUCCGAAGAAAUCGCCCCAAAGCGCCCGAAGUGUGCGAUUCGGCAGUGAGUCUCUCAACGCUGUCCAUAUAAUUCCAUCCGUUGCUACCACAUUGCCAUUUGCUGAGCAGAUGGCAAAAGAACGGGAGGUUGAGGCAUUGGAAGCAUCACUCCAUCAACCACCGAACGAAAGUGAAGUGAAUUGCGAAUACCCCGAAAAUGAGGUACCCAAAUGCAAUAAAGUCAUCAUUGGUCAACGGUAUAUUGCGAUAGAUCGGGCUAGAGCCAUACCUCCACGACUGUUGCGACCGCUCAAAGUGGGAGAGACACAUGUGAUCGAACCAAACUUGCACGUGACUGUCUUGGACGCCAAUCACUGCAUAGGUUCUGCUAUGUUCUUAUUUGAAGGUGCAUCGAUCCCUGGUGGAGCAAUAUUGUGCACGGGCGACUUCCGGGCAGAUCAUCGCUUACUCUCUCGUUUCAAUAAUGAUCCCUCUUUCAUAAAACUGGCUGACACAUAUAUCUCCAAAAUUUAUUUCGACAAUACUCAUUUGGACCGCAGCGAAGGGUUCCCUGACAGAGCUGAAGCUGAAAAAAUGUUCGAGUUCUCCAUUCUCUAUUUUUACUUCUCUUAA